AUGGCACAAACUCCACAACAGGGGGCGCACUCUCGCGCACCGCUGAUCGGUCGCCUCGACAAAUAUGAUGAGGUGGAAGAUAUCCGUAACUAUGUUGAGCGGCUGAACUUGUAUUUUCAAGCAAAUGACAUUGCUCAGGAGAAAAAGACAGCUGUUCUGUUAAGUGCAGUCGGUCCAACUGUGUAUAAAACUGCUAAAAGUCUUGCAGAGCCAACCCCAGUAACUGAGAAAACAUACACAGAACUGUGUGAGUUGUUGAUCGCCCACUAUGGACCCAAACGCCUGGUUGUGUCAGAGCGUUUUCGCUUCUACAAAAGGGAUCAACAGCCAUCAGAGACCAUUGCACAGUAUGCCAUGACACUUCAAAACUUGGCCAGUACAUGUAAAUUUGGCCAGUUUCUCGACGAGGCAUUGCGAGACAGGCUUGUGUGUGGUCUGACCAGCAACAAUAUCCAGAAACAUCUUCUCACCAAAGAUGGUCUCACCUUCAAAGCAGCCGUGGACUUGGCCAAAACCCUUGAAACAGCUGUCAAGGACUUGCGUGAAUUUAAGAACAGCCCUAAUGCCGACACAGUAUCAGUUCACGCACUACACCGAAACGCCAAGCAACCGUACAAGCAACCGUACAAGCCAUCGUUCAAGCAGCCACCCCCACAGACACGUGCCAAACCUCAACAAGGCGGGAAGAGAUGCAGUAGAUGCGGCAGAGAUCCAAGCCACCAAUCCUGUCCAGCAAGUGGACAAAAGUGUAACUACUGCCAGAAACUUGGUCACUUCUCGGUAGUGUGUCGCGCUAAACCGAAGAAGUUGCAUACAGUACAGCACGAUCCAACUGACAGCGAUGAUGGGGACACUGAAACUAAUGAUUUCUUCGUUGGAACAGUGCAUCACACCAGCCAUGACAUACUAAAUGGUGAUGUGUGGAGACAACCUAUCAAAGUGCAGGGACAGAUGGUGCAGUUCCUGCUAGAUACAGGUUCGGAAGUCAACAUCCUACCCGCUAACGUGUACAAAUCACUGAAACUCAGUGAUAAGACAUUGCAGCCAACGACACUUCGCUUGCAUGGCUACUUUGGUGGCAAGGCCAAACCUCUUGGACAAAAGAAACUGUCAUGUGAAAUGAAGAAUCGUCAGUACUCGUUGGUGUUCCAGAUUCUUGCCAGUGGUCAGCCUGUCAUUGGCAAGACAGCAUGUGAAGCACUUGGUCUGAUACAGCGGGUGUACACCAUGGUGAACCGAGACAACGUGUUUGAAGGCACGGGUUGUCUUGAAGGCCCACCGGUUAACAUAAAGUUAACCGACUCCGCUACUCCAUACUGUGUGACCGCUCCUCGCAGAAUCCCCUUGCCCCUACUUCCCCAGUUGAAGCAAGAACUGGAAAAGAUGGAAACCCAAGGUAUCGUGAAGCGCAUCACUGAGCCGACAGAGUGGUGUGCUCCAAUCGUGAUUGUACCCAAGAAGAACAACCAGAUUCGACUCUGUGUAGAUCUGCGACAACUGAAUAAAGCUGUGCAGAGGGAGCGUUUCACUAUCCCCAGCCUGGAAGAGGUUUUGGGAAAGAUUGUUGGUGCACAAGUGUUCUCCUUACUCGAUGCAAAGCACGGGUUUUGGCAGAUACCCCUUGCUAGUGACAGUCAGAAAUUGACAACCUUCAUAACCCCAUUUGGGCGUUUCUGUUUUACGCGACUCCCUUUCGGCAUCACAUCAGCGCCUGAGUUGUAUCAGCGUAUUAUGUGUGACCUACUCGUCAAUCUGGAUGGGGUAGUUGUCUACAUGGAUGAUAUUCUCAUCACCGGCCGAACACAGGCAGAGCACGAUCAACGUGUGCAUCGUGUAGUCCAAAUCCUACAGAAAGCUGGCUUGCGGCUAAACAAAGAGAAAUCAAAGUUUUCUCAAGAGACGGUUACCUUUCUGGGUCUACAGCUAGACAAGGAUGGUAUACAUGCUGAUCCUUCGAAGAUCACAGCAAUCGUUCAGAUGCCCCCACCAACAUCAAAGGAUGAAGUCAAGAGGCUCAUGGGCAUGGUCAAUUGGUUGUCCCGCUUCAUCCCGAACGCAGCAUCAGUUGCAGCCCCAAUCACUGAUCUCCUGAAAGACAACGUUGACUGGAUGUGGGGAGCACAACAGAAGAUUGCAUUCCGACACCUCAAGACACUCCUCACCAGAUCACCCACAUUGGCCUUCUAUGAUCCCGCUAAACCUACCAUGGUCAGCGCAGAUGCCAGUAGCUAUGGGCUGGGAGGAUGCUUACUACAGCAGCACGAAGAUGAGACAUGGAAGCCAGUCGCUUACUGCUCCCGUACCCUGACUCCUGCUGAGAGAAAGUAUGCCCAAAUCGAGAAAGAGUUGUUGGCCAGCGUAUGGGCAUGCGAGAGAUUUUAUGUCUACAUCAGAGGACUUCACGUGACCCUACAAACCGACCACAAACCACUGGUGUCUUUGAUCAAUUCAAAGGACCUCUGUGACGCACCACUGAGAUGCCAGCGCUUACUGAUGCGCCUCAUGAAAUUCCACUGUACAGCUGUCUACUCACCAGGCAAGACCCUAGUCGUUGCAGAUACCCUGUCUAGAGCUCCAGUUCAUACAGACCAGACAUCUGAUGACAGUGAUGAUCUCGCAGCAGAAAUUGCAGCACACGUGAGCAUGGUAACAAGCCAGUGGCCAGCCUCGGAUGCCAAACUUGCAGAAAUCACAGAUGAGACAGUGCAAGACAACGUAUUGUCCCUAGUAUCGUCGUACGUGAAAGACGGCUGGCCGAAGUACAUCAAGGACGUAGAUCCUGAUGUCAAGCGAUACUGGGAAGAACAAGAUAAGAUAAGCCAGAUCAACGGCAUACUGACAUAUGGGGACCGCAUCAUCAUCCCACAGAAGAUGCAGCAGGAAAUGCUGGAGAAACUCCAUGAGGGUCACCAUGGGGUCACCAAGAGCCGACUCCUUGCAAAUCAAGCCAUAUGGUGGCCUGGAAUCGGUACUGACAUCGCGCAGCACAUUCAACAAUGCGAGUUUUGCAGAGAAAAGCAACCAGCACAGAAGGCGGAACCCCUGAUGUCAACACCUUUACCCCAACGAGCAUGGCAACGAAUCGCGUGCGAUCUUGCAGAGCUGAAAGGGAAGGUGUACUUAGUGAUCGUUGACUACUACUCGAGGUGGAUCGAGAUUCAUCACCUUGUGAAGACAACAGCCUUAGCAGUCAUCAACUUCAUGAAAACUACCUUUGCACGAUAUGGGAUCCCUGAAGUUGUUGUAUCAGAUAACGGCCCACAAUUCCUGGGAGAGUUUCAACAGUUUGCUAGAGAGUUUGGCUUCAACCACAUCACCACCAGUCCACACUAUCCCCAAGCAAAUGGGCAGGCCGAAAAAGCUGUCCAUGUGGCCAAGAGUAUCCUGCGUCAACCAGAUCCCAUACGAGCUCUCAUGACAUACCGCGCGACCCCACUUCCAAGUCUUGGUGUCAGUCCGGCAAGUCUGAUGAUGGGCCGAGAGUUACGCACUACCCUACCAAUGUUGCCCAAGAAUCUCCUUCAGAAACCAAUCAACCAGACAAAGUUGAAACAAGCAGACGCUGCAUCCAAGUCCAAGGGAGAAGUCUACUUCAACCAGAAACAUGGCGCCAAGGCAUUGGAUCAACUGGAAACAGGAGCCUGGGUGAAGAUCAGAACAAAGGGCAAACUUGGUCCAGUCGGAGAGGUCCUCCGUAAAGCAGACACACCCCGUUCUUACAUCGUGAGAGUGAAUGGCGCAGAAUAUCGUCGGAACAGGCGGCAUAUUGUCCGGAUGCCACAACCACCACCUGAGCCAGACUUCGAGAUCCAACUGGAGGAUCCAGUCCAACAAAACCCAGAUGCUCAGCAACAGGGAGUGAGACAGUCUCAGCGAAUGAGGAAACCACCAGCAUGGCAGCAGGAUUACGUCAUGUACUAG